AUGGGUGAAAUCAACUGCUCUGCUUCUAAGGAGAGACUGCUUUCAUCUUCGUUGUCUGGGUAUGAGGAUGACAACGUGGAACAAGUCCAGAAGCCAUGUCGACACCAGUACUUCUGGGCUCUUCUGCUUGGGUUUGGCUUGUCGCUCAUGCUAAAUCUCGGACUACUCAGUCUUUUGUUCUACAGAGCUGAGCUACCGAAUUCGAAUCCAUCGAGCUCAGCCAAAACUGCCAUAGCUCUCUACUCUCCAGCCAAUGAUGCUGUCGAGUAUCAUUUGACCAAAUUUGCGAGCGCAGUCGAGGGAGGCGAGACAGACUUCCAGGGAAGGCCUUCAGUGAAAACUGAUCAAGCUUGGCAGGGUUUGUAUGAAAAUAUGUUCACGCAUAUCACGGAAGGAGAGGCGCGAAUGCUACCGAACAAGACCGCACCCGAGCUCGAGUCUGAAGGAAGCGGAUACCUAGUCGUCCUGAAUGUCUUCCACGAUCUACAUUGCAUGGAUAACAUUCGAAAGGGGCUCUAUUACUUCCUCGAACCGCAAUGGAACAGCACACAUAACCCUUACCUCUUAUACGAAUCGCCUGAAGCCGCGCUUGAAGAUCGUGGUGGCGAUCACUUGGGUUUCAUGCAUCUAGACCAUUGCAUUGACUCACUCAGGCAGUCAAUCCAGUGCACCGGAGAUGUUAUCCCGAACGUUUUCCAGUACAGCCCAAAAUAUGGCGAUGUUCGGGCUCGCUCUACUGUUGUGCAUGAGUGUCGCAAUUUCGACAAGAUUCAGGAGUGGGCUGCUCAGCACCACGUUCCAGGCCCUUUCAAAGACUUUGGUAAACGCCCCGAGCUCGGAAAGUGUGGCAUCGACGACCCGUGGACUUGUUUCCGUGCUGCGAUGAACGCGUCGGUGGAUUUUGAUGCCUUCGGGCCGCAAUUGACAGGACAAUUCGACUUCACGCUUUAUUUUGAACAAGCAAUUCUGUCCAUCAUCCCGUCCGCGCUCUUCUUGGCGAUCCUUCCCUGCCGGGUCACAUGGCUGUUGCGGAGACAUUCGAUCCCGCGCAGCGGAUGGCUUCUCUUGGCAAAGCUUGCUGCGAGCACAGUUCAUCUAUCCCUCCAAGUGACUCUCUUGGCACUAUGGGUACUUCCGACCACAAUCAGAACUCCAGCCUCGUUAGCAGCAGCUAUUUUAGCCCUGGUCAACUCGAUAUUUCUCAUCGGCUUGAUCUAUGUGGAGCAUGGCCGCUCAACUAGGCCGUCUAAGCUCCUCAGCAUCUAUUUGUUCAUCUCAGCUUUGGUGGACAUGGCUCAAGCGAGAUCGCUCUUUCUGCAACAGCCCAAUACGAGUGGAAGAAUUGGAGCUGUGUUUGCAGUGUCUCUGGCCAUGAAGCUUCUUCUUGUCUUGCUGGAAGAAAUACCAAAGUCAGGUUUGCCGGAGCCUUUAUCAAAGGAAGAGAUCAGCGGGCCGAUCAACAGAUCUGUAUUCGGCUGGUUGAACCCUUUAUUCCUCCGAGGUUCCAGGGGCACGUUACAUGUCGGGGAUCUCGGAAACAUCGAUCGCAAGUUUGAAUCCGCUCGGCUGCUGUCUAAGCUGAGCUCCUCGUGGGAUAGCAGCGACAGAUCUUUCAACCAUGCCUUGCUCAAAUCCACGCUCUCCGCUUUCAGAACGGGUUACCUGGCCCCAAUUCUUCCGCGAUUGUGCCUGGCAGCUUUCAACUUUUCCCAACCUUUUCUGAUUAAGAGGAUCAUUGAGUUCGUGGGGGGGUCUAGAGACAUGCAGUCUGGCGAAGUUGCAGCAGGACUUAUUGGAGCUGCUUUGCUGGUUUAUUUGGGGCUAGCAAUCUCCAAAGGCGUUUACAACCAUGCCGUGUACCAACUCACGACCACGCUUCGAGGCGGACUGGUCUCUAUUAUCUUUAGAAAGUCUCUUGGACUGGACGCCGCAACAGCUAGCCAGGGAAAGGCUGUUACUCUCAUGAGCACCGACAUUGACGCAAUCGCUAGUGGAGUCAAAGAUCUACAUGAGAUUUGGGCUAGCGUGCUCGAGCUAGGCAUAGCUGUCUAUCUACUGAAUUUGCAAAUCGGCGCUGCGUGCUUUGUCGUUAUGAUUCCAGCCGUUGUGUGCAGCUUUAUCACAGAGAGGGCCACUGAUGGCAUUGGUCCUGCCCGGAUGAUGUGGAACGAGGGUGUCCAGGAACGCGUUUCCACAACUUCUUCAAUGCUUUCUCAGAUCAAGGGUAUCAAGAUGAUGGGUCUCACCGACUACUUCGCCACCAUGGUGCAGCAACUCAGGGUUGCAGAACUUGACAUGUCUAAGAAGUUCAGGAUGUUUAUCGUGCGGAUCAUUCUCAUCUCGAAUCUCUCGGAUCAGAUGACCCCAGCCGUGGUCGUGACGGCUGCAGUCUUCUGGACUCGGGCGGAUGGAUUCACCAUAUCCCAGGCCUUCACAUCUCUCGCCAUUGUGGCCUUGGUGUCUACACCCCUGGCUAACCUUAUUGGCUCUUACCCGACUUUUGUGUCCUCUGUCGCCUGUUUCGGUCGCAUCCAAGAAUUUCUCGUACAAGACGAGCGCAGACCCGAACAAGUGCAAGACACUGACGCCUCCGAGAGGAAAGCUUCCAUGAGCACCACUUCGAUCCCCGAUACCACGUCGCACACGACCUCAAAACACCGCGCCAUAGAAAUGAAGGAGAUGCAUGCGCCACAAUCUUCAGAGAAGUCCGGCGCUGCUAUCAGUCUCGAGAACGUGAAUGUCGGCGUCGAGGGAAAAGACGAGCCAAUCCUCCGAGACAUCACGCUGUCCGUUCCAAGAGCCAAAUACACAGAGGUCACUGGCGUCGUGGGAUGUGGAAAGUCCACGUUACUGAAGACCAUCCUUGGAGAACUUCCUUUGAUCAGUGGUAGCAUCCGGUUUGCACAGCUCAACAUGUCGGUUGCUUUCUGUGAACAGUCAGCUUGGCUACGGAAUAUUUCCAUCAAGAACAACAUCGUUGGCCAAGAGCAAUUUGAAGAUGAGUGGUACGGACGUGUUCUUUUCGCCUGCGACCUAAAGCAAGAUAUUUCUAGACUACCAAAGGGAGACGACACGCUUGUUGGUAGCGGAGGCAUUACACUCAGCGGUGGGCAGAAGCAAAGAGUUGCGCUUGCGAGAGCUGUCUUUGCGAGACGUGCUAUCGUCCUUCUAGAUGACCCUUUUAGUGCUCUCGACGCUGAGACCCGAACGAAAGUUUUCAGCCGUCUACUUGGUGAGGAGGGUCUUCUGCGGAAAGGCGAUACCACUGUCAUCCACGCCACCCCCGCCGGCCCACGAAAGACAACUGCCGACAACGUUAUACUUCUCAGUAAGACGGGUUCUGUUGAACAAACAGGACCCUCGAUCAAUCUUGCCACGGCAUUCAAGGACGUCGAUGUUGAGCCUCAGCCUGAAGAUAGCAUUCAACAGGAUGAAGAUGUAAGAGCGGCGGCCGAGACAUCAGAAACCAAGGAAGAAGACGCUACUCAGCGGCAAUCGGGCGACUUCUCGCUCUACAAAUUCUACCUUCGAUCCAUAGGCCCAGCCCUAACCAUCACAUUCAUUCUUGCUGCGGCCACGUACAUCUUUCUGGGCUUCAUGCCAAAUAUCUGGCUCAGAAUUUGGACCGAGCGCGGAACCAACGAUGGAAGCCGCGGCGCUUACUUCGGCGCCUAUCUGGCAUUUUGUAUCGGAACCGUCUUGUUCUCGGGACUGGCCAUUGGGCUGUUUUUCGUCGUCGUCAUCCCCCACUCAGCUACAAGGCUUCACUGGCAACUUCUCGACUCUGUUCUCAAGGCUCCUUUGUGGUUCUUCACAACAGUGGACAGCGGAGUCACUCUGAACCGCUUCAGUCAGGACAUGACGCUUGUCGACCAGACUCUACCUACGGCCUUUUUCGAGGUUGUGCUCGACACUCUGGUCGCUAUCGCUUCUGCAGCACUUAUCGCCUCAGGUGCCCAGUACUUCGCAGCUAUCAUUCCGUUUUGUGUCUUGCCCUUAUACUUCCUGCAAAAGUUCUAUCUCAAGACAUCGCGGCAGAUGCGUCAUCUUGAUCUCGAGUCAAAGUCCCCUCUUUACACUCACUUUACGGAGACUCUCAAUGGUGUCGUGACCAUCCGCGCCUUUGGGUGGCAGCAGGAAUUCGUCAAAGAGCAACUCCGUCUACUUGACAUUUCUCAGAGACCUUACUAUCUCCUAUUUUGUAUCCAAAGAUGGCUAGCGAUUAUAUUGGACCUGUUUGUGGCGGUGAUUGCCACCGUUCUGGUUGCCUUCGCUGUCAAACUCACCAACACGACAAGCGGUGGUGCGAUUGGUCUGUCCAUGGUCAGUCUUAUGGGCCUAAACUCCAGCUUGUCGAGGUUGAUUAGCUCUUGGACGAACUUGGAGACUUCCCUCGGUGCAAUCGCCCGGUUGCGUGAUUUUGCCCGCGAUACUCCUCAAGAAGACGGCGUUGAUACCCAGAGUCUGCCUCCAGUCCCUCAAGGGUGGCCGUCUCCUGGUGCAAUCGACUUCAAGAGUAUAGAGUCUAGAUACAAGACCGAUGAUGAGAGUAUUAUCCGCGAACUUUCCCUGAGCAUCAAGCCUGGCCAGAAGGUCGGCAUAUGUGGACGCACAGGAAGCGGCAAAACCUCUCUGCUUCUCACUCUCCUUCGCCUUCUCGAAACGCCGUCGGGAUCCAUCCAGGUUGACGAUGUCGACCUCUGUUCUCUCUCGCGCAAGGCAAUCCGACCACACUUCAUCACUCUGCCUCAAGAUCCAGUGACCCUUCCUGGGAGCGUUCGAAUCAACCUUGACCAGAAGGCAUCCUUCGGUGGAGAAUCAGGAGACGAAGCACUUGUGGAGGCACUGGAGAAGACGUUUCUUUGGGACGAUGUUAUCAAGUCUCGCGGCGGAUUGGACGCUGACUUCGCUGAGUUGGGUCUGUCCCACGGCCAACAGCAGUUGUUCGCUCUGGCUCGCGCCAUCUUGCACAAAGACCAGAGUAAGGUCGUGCUGCUGGAUGAAGCAACCAGCAGUGUCGAUCACGGAACCGAUAAAAUGCUUCAAAAGGUACUCAGGGAGGAGCUCGCUAGCCACACCAUUCUAGCCGUGGCGCACAGGCUCGACACCAUUGAGGACUAUGAUGUUGUAGUGGUGAUGGACAACGGUAGGAUCGUAGAGGUAGGCAAUCCGAGACAGCUUCGAGAGCAAACCGGAUCAGCCUUCCAACGUCUCUAUGCAGCCAAGAAGCUUGAUGAGUUUGGAGUGGAUUACAUUGAGCUUACAACUCCGGUCGCAUCUCCACAGUCACGCAAGGACUGCGAGCUUAUAUGCGGACUUGGCCUCAAGGCCAAGAUUCUAGCACACGUGCGAUGCCAUAUGGAUGAUGUACGAGCGGCCGUAGAGUGCGGUGUUGACGGAGUCAACAUCAUGAUGGGAACGUCGGCUCUCCUUCGCGAACAUUCUCACGGCAAGGAUGUUGCCCAAAUCAUCAAGGCAGCAAUCGAAGUCAUCGAAUACGUCAAGUCCCAGGGCCUCGAGGUCAGAUUUUCCACUGAAGACUCUUUCCGAUCCAAUCUCGUCGACAUUCUUUCCGUCUACAAGACCGUGGAUAAGAUUGGGGUCAAUCGCGUAGGAGUUGCGGACACCAUUGGUUGCGCCAACCCGCGUCAGGUCUACGAUCUGACACAAACCCUUCGAGGGGUUGUCUCAUGCGACAUCGAUACCCAUUUCCACGAUGACACCGGCUGCGCUACCGCGAACGCGUACACUGCCCUCGAGGCAGGCGCCACCCACAUCGACGUCACAGUGCUCGGCAUCGGCGAGCGCAACGGCAUCACACCCCUCGGUGGCUUCAUGGCGCGCAUGAUUGUCCAGAACCGUGAAUACGUCACUAGCAAGUACAAGUUGUACAUGAUCAAGGAGCUGGAAGACAUGGUCGCAGAAGCUGUGCAGAUCAACACGCCCUUCAACAACCCCAUCACUGGGUUCUGUGCAUUUACGCACAAGUCUGGCUACCACGCCAAGGGGGUCUUGAGCCAUCCGAGCAACUACGAGAUCAUCAAUCCCGCAGACUUUGGGAUGACGCGAUACGUCCACUUCAAGUCAAGACUGACGGGCUGGCACGCAGUCAAGACCCGCGUAAGCCAGCUUAGCCUGGACAUGCCGGACGAUCAAGUCAGAAUUGUAACCGAGAAGAUCAAGACGCUGGCUGACAUUCGCCCAUUGGCUAUCGAGGAUGUGGACUCUAUCAUUCGAAGUCUCCAUGCAGGUGAAUCGCAUGACCAAUAG